AUGGGGCCAAUAAGUAGUUCAUCAUCAUCAGCCAAUGGGAUUAGGAGCUGGAAUUCUCCAAUUCCUUACCUCUUUGGAGGCUUAUCUCUGGUGAUGAUUCUGAUUUCUGUGGCACUCAUGAUCCUUAUUUGCUCCCAAAGAAAACAUGUUUUUGAGUCUUCAGCUGAAGGUGAAGAAACCGAAGAAGCAAUACCCCAGAACAUAGAGGUUGAGUAUGAGCCUAGGAUACUUGUGAUCAUGGCAGGGGAUGACAAACCCACAUACCUUGGGAAACCAAUCACUUCUUCAACUCACUGUACAUGUGCAGUGAACAGUGUUAAGUGUUAA